UUUUUUUUUUUGAUCUGGUCUAAAACGACCCUCGAUACCGCGAAAAAGCGCACAAUACUUGGGUAAAAUGCACCCACGGGAAUCGAUGUCAGUCAUCAGCGCCCACAGUUCAGUGACCGAUCGGAGGUUAAGUUCUCUCCUCAGACAUCUCAACCCCUCCUCCUCCUCUUCUUCCUCCUCUUCCUCAGAAAUGGAUUCGAUCUCUGCUUCUCCGACUUCGGGCUUCGAUGCCAACUCUGUGUUCGCUCACGUUGUUCGCGCUCCUGAAGAUCCAAUUCUCGGGAUUUUAGAGAAAACAAAAAAGCGCACUUUGUUGUUUCAUGGAUCACUAUGGCUCAGCGUGACUGUGGCAUAUAAUAAAGAUCCCAGCCCAAUAAAGUUAAAUUUGGGUGUUGGUGCUUAUAGAACAGAGGAAGGUAAACCUCUUGUUUUGAAUGUGGUGAGAAAAGCAGAGCAGAUCCUUGUUAAUGACAGCUCCCGUGUUAAGGAAUAUCUUCCCAUUGUUGGACUGGCAGAUUUCAAUAAACUGAGUGCUAAGCUCAUAUUUGGUGCUGACAGCCCUGCUAUUCAAGAGAACAGGGUUACUACUGUCCAGUGCUUGUCUGGUACUGGCUCAUUGAGAGUUGGAGCUGAGUUUCUGGCAAAACAUUAUCACCAGCGCACAAUAUACAUUCCCCAGCCAACAUGGGGAAACCACCCAAAAAUUUUCACUAUAGGAGGGUUAUCUGUGAAGACUUAUAGCUAUUAUGAUCCAGCAACACGUGGGCUCAAUUUCCAAGGCUUGUUAGAUGACCUCAGUUCUGCUCCAUCGGGAGCAAUUGUGCUUCUUCAUGCAUGUGCUCAUAACCCAACUGGUGUUGAUCCAACGCUUGAGCAGUGGGAGCAGAUCAGGAAGUUGAUGAGAUCAAAGGGCUUGUUACCUUUCUUUGAUAGUGCCUAUCAGGGUUUUGCAAGUGGAAGUUUGGACGCAGAUGCACAGUCUGUUCGCAUGUUUGUUGCUGAUGGUGGUGAAUGCCUAGUAGCUCAGAGCUAUGCAAAGAACAUGGGGCUCUAUGGGGAACGUGUUGGUGCCCUGAGCAUUGUUUGCAAGAAUGCUGAUGUUGCUAGCAGAGUUGAGAGCCAGUUGAAACUUGUGAUCAGGCCCAUGUUUUCAAACCCACCCAUUCAUGGUCCAUCUAUUGUAGCUACCAUUCUCAAGGACAGCAAUAUGUACAACGAAUGGACCAUUGAGUUGAAGGCAAUGGCUGAUCGUAUUAUCAGCAUGCGCCACAAACUGUUUGAAGCUUUACGUGCUAGAGGUACACCUGGUGACUGGAGUCACAUUAUCAAACAGAUUGGGAUGUUUACUUUCACAGGGCUGAACUCGGAGCAAGUUGUAUUCAUGACCAAAGAGUACCAUAUCUACAUGACAUCUGACGGGAGGAUUAGCAUGGCUGGCCUGAGCACCAAGACGGUCCCACACCUUGCAGAUGCAAUACAUGCGGCUGUUACCCGUGUUUAAAUAUUUCAUAUGGUAAGCCUGUUCCCGUCUUAUUAAUUCUGAUGGAGUUCAGCACCUUUUUUUGUGAUAGUUUUGUUGUAAUAAUGACCAUCUCAAUGGCUUGGGGUAGAAAAGAAAUGUAUGAUUCAGGUGACUUGGAGUUUCUGAACUCAUGUUGGAGGAAUUUUGAACAACUUAAUUUAUGGCAUUUCCAUUCAAUAUUAGUUUUUAUCCCUUAA